CAUCACUUAUUGGUGAAGCUAAGCUCUAAACUUUCAUGAAGCUUCGACCCCUCCUGAUUUAACCCAUAAAUGCGUCUUAAUCUUAAUCUUAAUCUUAAUCUAGAGAGAGAGUGAGAGAGAGAGAGAGUUUAUAGAAGAGUUUUGACUCUCAAAGGCCAAAGCGAAUUGAAAGUUUGUGUUGUUUGCAAGUGGGAAAAAGAGAUGGAAGACGAAGUGGGAGUGCAGAGCAAAGAAGAGCUUCAAAACCCAGUUGAAGGAGGAGCUAAAGAUGAAGUUUCUGUUCAUCUUCCAGCUCCACCUUCUUGGAAGAAACUGUUAUCACCCAAGAAGGGAGGUACACCAAGAAAGAACGAAGUCAUAUUCAUAGCACCGACUGGCGAGGAGAUCCGUAAUCGAAAACAGCUCGAGCAGUACUUGAAAUCACACUCUGUAGAUGUUGCAUUAUCGGAUUUUGAUUGGAGUACUGGUGAGACACCUCGAAGAUCAGCUAGGAUUAGUGAGAAGGCUAAGACAACGCCUCCCCCACAGGAAGAUGCCCCAAGGAAACGAGCUAGAAAGUCUCCCGGCUCGAAAAAGAAGGAAGCUAAGAACUCCGAGGGUGUAAAGGAAACUGAUGUUAAAGAUGUCGAAAUGUCCGAGAAGGAGCACGCUGAAAUCGAGAAAGAAAAGGAUAAAGAGCCUAAAAUGGUUGAUGAAACAAAAGAAAAAGAACCUGAAAAUGCCAAGGAUGAAGAGCCUGAAAAAGACAUUGAAACUGCCAAGGAUGAACAGGCCGAGAACGUUGUCGAAACAAAAGACGAACCCGGCAUUGAGAAUGUGCCCGGUAACACGACGAUAACCAAAAACGGUCAGUUAGAUGCUGAAGAUCAAAGUCAUGGUAAUGUUCAAAAUCAAGAGGUAGCCACAGCUGUUGAAAGUGUGGCAUUGGUGGGUGGACAAGAUAAAGGGGAAAACAGACCACAAACUGAAGCUGAGAAAGCUAAUGAAUCAUGCUGUAUGAAACAGGAAAAGGCAGAUGCUAGUAACAUCAAGGAAAAUGGUGUUGCAGGAACUCCAGCAUCUGAGGGAACGACCAUGGAAAACGAAGACGCACAAAAGCACGACAUCCAGACAAAGGACAGAGUGAGCAAAAACGAGAGCGAGGUGAUCGAAACCGCGAUGAGAUCCCACAUCGGUUAGGGAGGAGAACGAAACAUUCUUUAUAAGGAUGUAGAAACCUUUCUCUAGCAGACACGUUUUAAUAACCUUAAGGGGAAGCCCGAGAGGAAAAGCCCAAAGAGGACGAUAUCUGCUAGCGGUGGGCUUUGACCGUUAAAUCCUAAUAUUUGCUUGGACACGGGGAUGGCUGCUGCUGUUGGUAUUAUUAGCUAGUCAAUUCUCUGAAUGGUCCCUGGCUUAACGGGGACACAGUCAGCUUUAUAUCGUACACUUGUAAUGUAAACAGUAUUAAUGUGUAGAUAUGAACAUAAUCAUAGUGACAUAAUGAUGAUGGACUUUUGGUACAAAAACGUGGAAAAAUGGAAGGACGACAUCUUUAUACUAUGAAAUCAUUGUUUGAGC